AUGGCUGUGAUCCCGGUCCCGAAAAUCGGACCGACCGAGAGCCUCCACGUGAUCAGCUUCGACGGAUCAGCCCGCGUCAAACGCGAAGGUGGUGCAUUCAGCGCAGUGCUGCCGAAUUGGGACGUGGUAAAAGCCGCUCCUGGAUACGCGGAAGGUCUCACAGUGAACGAAGCCGAAUACCGGGGCAUGAUACUCGGGCUCUCGCUCCCAGAAGACUUGGAUGUCGCACGCCUAAUCAUAUGCGGCGAUUCCAACCUGGUGGUUCGCCAAAUGCGAGGAGAGAUGGACUGUAAAUCUCCCGGAUUGAAGCUGCUUGGAACGCGCUGUCCCAACGACCCGGACACGAGUUUCUACAUGUCAGACUGGAAUGCGAGUGCAGAUAUGUUGGCCGGACAGACACUCCAACGACAAGGAGGCAAAGACGUCCACAGCGUCGAGGAGAUCGAAGAUCUGAAGUCGCUAAAUCGGUUGGGAGAAGUGCUGCAACCCACGCUACCCGGUUUAGAGCAUGACACGCGCGGUACAGAUGACCCCGUCGCUGAUCUUGAAACGCGCGGUCCCGACAACGAGAGACGUGGGGCGGGGAGAGUCUAUCCUGUGACCACCCGGUCGCGCGACGCGUCCCACCAAACCACGCGGAGACAGCCGGAAGCCUUGAAGGAACUACAGGUGCAACGGCUGAGACUGGAUCGGGUCCGUACGGCGCAGGAAGAAGAGCUCUGGAUAGCGAACCUCAAGAAGUUCCUAAGCAGAGAUAUCAGCGAGCUUUCCAAACAGGAAGUGAAGAGCUGUGUGAAGAUCGCAGAACAAUACGAGGGCUUGUUGUACUACCGUGUACGGGGAAAAGAAUCGGCAGAAGACCGGGACUGGAUCAUGAAGUUGGUCGUGCCAGAGACCCUCCGACAAGACGUGCUACACCACUACCACGCGAGUCUAGAAGGCGGGCACCAAGGUAUAGGCCGAACGUACCAACGCGUACGACGGCAUUUCCACUGA